AAGAUAUCUAAUAGUAACAGAAGCAUUUCUAAGCAACAACGAAGUUUCAAUUCGACGAUUUAAAUCAAAUCAACAUGAACGCAUUAGUAACUGUUUUCUUCUCCGUAGUUGGCGUUGUCGUUAUUCAAGGUCAAGGAGUCAGUGUUUGUGAUACUGUUACAUGUAUCAAUGGAUUCUGUACGGUAAAUGCUUUAAACCAGGCAGUUUGUCAAUGUGAACCAGGUUAUAAACCAUCCGGUACUCCCAGAAUCUGUGUUGAUAUCGAUGAAUGUGUAGAAUAUGAUACUCUUUGUAAUCAGCAAACAGGAUGUUGUAAUUUCUUGGGAACCUAUUCUUGUCUUCCAUGCUCUGCCUUCCGUCAACGUCAACAACAGCAGCCCAUUCCAUACAGUCUCUUGCGACUUCUUGCUGACAAACGAAAAUAAACAUUUUAUGGACUCUUAAAGAUUAUCAUAACCUUCACCACCACGUUUGAUUUGAAUGUAGAAUCGGAACAUCCGAUUUUCGUUAAAACAUAGCUACAGAACAGAUAGUUGAUAUUCUAUCAGUUUGUAAAUUGAAAUAUUAGAUGACUAUUAUACUUUUAACCCUAUUAUUUUUCCAAAUUCAAUUCUUAUGUUUCGUUUUUUUUUAUUUCUUGUUCUUUUUUUAUCUAUCUCUAUACAUUUUUAUUAUUUUCUACAAUUUGGAUCUCAUUUUUUUCUGAUUUAAUUGAAUAAUAAAAAUUCAAAUCUUAAUAUC